GCAGUCCCCCCGCGGCGUCUGUAUUACAUUUCGACCCAUGCGUGUUCGUCGUUGUCGCUACGCCUCAUCUCCUCCACGCCCUCUCUGCUGUCAAUGACUUCUGUCUCCCAGAACGGCAGCACCAGCCCUCGCUGGGACAGUCGCAACCAGGGAUUCAUCUCGCCCUCUCAGCUCCAGCAAUGGAAGCAACAGCACCAACAACAGGAGCGCGUGCACGAUUUCUCUCCAUCACCUCCUCCGGAUAGGCAACCUCACCCAGAAACACGCCCCGCCGUGCUCAGGAAGAACUCUACAGCGCCGUCGAGCCCACCGUCAAACGCGAAUCAUGGCCACUCGCGGUCGUUCUCCGCGUUCUCCCUCUUCAAGGGCAGGCAAUCUCAAGAGCACCCUCCAGCCGACGAUGACCCCGUCAAGUCUCCCCGCAGCCCUCCGCCCGCAUUUCAUGAAAAGCCACCUACUCCUGAUCCCGACGCCUCUGCGCCUCAACCUGCCGUGAACAAGGCCGCGCUCAACCGGCUGUCUACAUCCGUUGAUGCCCCUACACCCUCGCUACAUCCAGAGAUACGCUCGAUCGUGCAGCUCACACUUGCUCACGCACACAAAAUCUACUUCUCUGGCCCGCUCGUGAAGCGCGUGGAGCGGCAGCCGGAUGGACACAAGCCAACCAGGGACGACGGUUGGCGAGAUGUGUGGGCGCAAUUGGGAGGGACGACUCUGAGCGUAUGGGACAUGAAGGCUAUUGAGGAGGCGAGCAAACAGGGUAAGCAGGUACCUCCUACUUACAUCAAUGUGACCGAUGCUUUUGUGAACGUGCUGGGAUCUGUAACGAUGCCCGCAACACCCAACGGACCUCCCACCAAAUUUUCCAAUGUCAUAACUGUCAAUACUGCGGGGUCCAACCUACUGUUGUUUGCGUGCCCCUCCCCACAAGUGCUAGUCUCGUGGGCAUCUGCAUUCCGGUUGUCCGCUUGGGAGAAGUCAAGGCUGGAGGAAAUCUACACUGCCCAUCUCGUGCGGAUCUCUUUGAAUGAAGGGAGAGAUGCCCCGUCGCCACUUAUCAACGGUAGGAUGGAGGGCUGGGUGCGUAUCCGCAUCGCGGGUCAAGUUGAUUGGAAGCGAAUGUGGAUGGUAGUGUCAGCAGGUGGGCACCCUUACGACGGAUCGUCCACCUCUUCUGUCGACCACCGGCCAGGCUCUCCACAUACUCCGCGUCGCAAGAAACGCAUCUCGGACCUCUUCGCUACGAGAGAGCGUAGUCCACUGCGAUCCGCCCCUCCCCCGAAGCCGACCCUUCAUCUUGUAGCAUCGCCCAAGCCGAAGGAUCGGAAGCAGCCUCUGCUUACCCUAAGCGCCAUUACGCAAGCGUUCGCAGUUUAUCCUGAACGGCCUGAGCUCAUUAGCCGGAGCACGCUCAUGAAGCUGGAAGGCACGUUCGGGGAAGAGGACGUCGCGGGGAGCAUGAAGUCGCGGGAAGGAUGGCUUAUGGUGCUGCCAGAGUUCGAGGGCCAAAACAUUCGAGCGUCCGAGAUGCUUAAAUGGCUAAUCGCAAUCCAUGACACGUUCGAACUCUAUGGCCGGCCGCGCCAGUAUAGCUGGGACCCAAGAGAUCCGCGCAGUAUGAUGUUCGCUUAUCCAAUAGGACCGCAGCGGGAUAUGCUAUUCUUGGACCGUGAACUGGCGGAGACGCUUGAUGUCCGGGACGAACAUACAUCGUCUAUCCGUUCCCAAUUGCAGAACAUACUCGCCGAUCGGAUGCGUGGGCCGCAGGAACAGGGUUCUACUGGGGACAGACCGCCCGUGCUGCCCCCGCUCCCAGAUGUCAGCUCGGAAGACCUCAACGCCGAUGUGAGGCCAACCAGGGCGGAACCUCCUGAAGGCGCGAUGCCACGCGAGGCGCUCAAGAUGCAGCUGCCUCCGCUUGAUUUCACGUCGUCUGAAGAGCCGCCGACAGUCCCUGAGAAGAGAGCAUUGACACCUAUCACAGAACGCAGCACGUCGCGUGAUGCCAGUCGAUCCCUUUCGACAGAGGAACCCCCGUCAAAACAGCCAUCAUCGCAAGUCAAUUCCCCGCCCAGGAUUCCAGAGGCAAUAGAGGAAGACAACAGGAUCUUAGGAGAGGACAUCAUGACAAGCCCCACGGGAGUGACAUCCCUUCCACUUCCACCCAUACCUGUGCAGGACCGAGGCCGGCGUAAUCCGUCAUUCGAGGUCUUCCGCCCUCCACCUAAGACUCAACGCCCGGAGCUUGACAGGCCUGCUUCGAAGUCUUCGCUGGGAUACUCUGCUGGAGCCCCUCAGGCACCGAGCAUGCAUGCUCCCAUAUCUCCUCAACCCGAAGCGCGUCCUACUGUCACUGCUCAGGCGUCCCCACCACCUGCGAUGGCUCCCACGACGCCUGCGGCACCUACAUCCUCUGCUGACAGGCCGGCGUCGACUCGGUCCCCAGGACUUGCCUCGAUCGCCUCUUACUCGUCAACGAGGCCCACAUCGCCGCAAGUUCCGCCGAAGUCACCUCCCGCACCCUCUCGGGGCCCAUCUUCCCCCACUAUUACGCAGGUCCCUGUACCUUCGUCCAAGACGCUGCCGCAAGUUCCUCCCGCUUCCGCGAGAGCGUCACCCUCCGUUGUGAUACCACAAGCAUCUCCUGGCCAACCUCCCAGGCCCCCACCUUACAGUGCCUCAGACGACUUCUCGCACGCAGCGGGGGCUCUGCUGUAUAUGCAACAAAUGCAACAGGAACCGGUGCAAGAUACCCCAGGACAGUCCAAUCUACCACGGUCUGUCAGCAAGCAAGACGACGACUACGACUCGCCAUCGGAGUAUAGCCAGUCAUAUACCUCUCACCAAACGAAUACCGGCCCCAUGGGCAUCCGACAUACUACCAGCCCACCCAGCUCGUUCGCUGAGCGUCCAUCUACGACACGUCGCGACACCGCAAACUCGUCGACUUCGUCGCGGUCGAAUUUCGCCGGCGCGCGCAACGAAGCGCCCGUGGCAAUCACCGCGAGCCCAGCCAGAUCUGGGAUGGGACGUAAGCCUUCUGGCGCACGUGCUGCCCCUGCGAGCAAAAUCCAAUCGUCCAGGAACUCCUUCGCUCCAGACCAGACCCUGCAAGAACGCGACGACGACGAAGACAACAUGGUCGACCUCCAUGAUGCCCCGCCCCAGGUCGCCAGAGCGCAGCAGGCCCUCGAAGACCCCGAUGCUGAUGCGCUGGCGGCGCUGACAUUCCUCGAACAAGGCGAGGACGCGGACACGGACGUGUCGCAGCGAAGACCGUCCGCCCCUCCUUCGUCAUCAUCGACUUCUAUCCCGCAGGUCGUCGAGCCCGCUUCCACUUCCACAAAGUCCUCUGCAUCUCGCGAGUACAGAUCCUCGUUCGCGCCGUCGAAGCAGGCCGCGGAACGCAAAGCCAAGGCACAAGCACAACAGGCUGCGCAGCACGCCGCUGUCAGUCGGCCCGGAAGGGUCAACGGUAGAGGAAGGGUGUCGAGUCGUGGCGCGUGGGCUGAGAGCAGCGAUGAGGAGGACGAGGAAGAGGAGGAAGAGGACGAGGACGCGGAUUCAGACGAGGAGCCGGCGCGGCGCAUGGGUUCCGGCCAGCAGUCAGCAACGGGCUCUAUUGCACUCAGCAACUCUGGUAGCACUGCCAAUCUAUCGGGCAGAGGUCCUUCCCCCGCAGCACCGGAGGCGAAUGGCGGCUUGUAUCCGCAGGUGCGCCGACCUCCGCGCGAGUUGCCUCAAGUGCCGGGUCCCGGACAGCCUUAUCCUGGGAUGCAGGGAGGCCCACAAGACGAAUACCUCAGCCCACAACCGCGCAGGUUCAUGUCAGAUUCGUAUACCGGCCGCCAGUCUAUGGUGCCCGAUCCUCCCCGUCAGGCUCCCUCCCCUCAGUCACAUCUCCGGCCGAUGACAGAGGCGCCUCAGCCAACGACACAUCGGCAAACCAUCUGGAGCCAUGCCCUCGAGUCGCACAAUGGUACCCCUCCUCCGUCGGGACCGAGCAGGGAUACGUUUAUCCAGAUGGAACCACCCUCCGCAACCAUGACCAAGGCAUUUACUCCGCAUGGCCUCCUUUCAGCGGGAAUCCAGGACAAGCAGGACCGCUCCGCGAAAAGGCAAGAGGAGCUCGCAAGAGAGACCGGUGCAUCACUCAUCAAUGUGCCGAACAAACCUCCGCCGCCGCAGACAGGGCUGCUUGGCGCCGUCACCGCGCACGAGCGAGAACGCAAGCGUGAGGGUGGCAUUGGCGCUGCUCUCACUGAACGCGAGCGUGAGAAGCGACUGGCGGAGGAGCGGCAGCGCAAGCUGGACGAGUACCAACGACAGCAGCUCGAGCAGAUGCAGCAAACCGGGUCGAUGUACGGCGGCAUGGGCAUGCCAGGCUUCAACCCUAUGAUGGGCAACCCAAUGAUGAUGGGGAUGAACCCGAUGAUGACGGGCGGAUGGGGUUACCCUGGGAUGAUGCCCGGCUUUGCCAGUCCCCAGCACAUGAUGGCUGCUCAGCAAGCCGCCAUGCAAGCGUACCAGCAGGCGAUGAUGGCUUUCUCCACGGCGGGCUCGCAGAUCGGUGGCGACGGCGGUCAGGCUCCUCUUAACCCGAUGAUGACCGGCGGGAGCAUGAUGGACCCACGCAUGUCGAUGAUGGGCAUGCCGAUGAUGAGCCCUAACAUGGGCAUGAACCCUGCGAUGGGGAUGGGCAUGAACUCGCCGAUGGGUGGACCAAUGGGUGGGCCGAUGGGUAUGAAUCCGGGGAUGGGUAUGAGCCCUGGUAUGAGCCCUGGUAUGUCGCCGGGCAUGGGCAUGGGCAUGGGCUCGAUGGGUAUGGGACAGAUGGGCAUGCAGAUGACGGGAGGCGGCAUGUCGCCGCCUGCGUUCGAAGGUGGCAUGCAACCCCUCAGCGAGAACAGCGGGAGCGGUCAGAACAGCUCUGUCGGUGAGCGAAGGUCACCCGCACCCCAUGGUCAGGAGUCGUCAAGAGGAAGGACGGCCGCUCCCUCGCCGCUUCGGUGAUGAGCGUGCCAUGGACUGCGUCUUUGUGGUAUCACGAUUGGUCAUGGACACCUAAUUCUUAUGCAAGGACAGCAUCGCACGUACGCCUCUCGUUUAGUUUGCAUUUGGUCUUACGUGGUUACAUUAUGUCUUCAUUGAUUGCUAGCGUUCGCUCUACUCCUCUGUUGGUCCGCUCUUUCCUCUGGAUAUCUACUCAUAUUUGUAUGAUUGGUCGUCUCGGUCGGAUACGGAAAAUCGAACUAAUUGAUGCUUGUGAAUUGCUUGUGGACGUUGUUGUUGCAAUCAAGGUGUGCGAUCGUGGUCGCAUAGGUGCACUGAAAUCAUGCAAAGAGUCGCCAACAGUACUAUACGGGUGCAUGCCUACGCUUUGUAUAUAGUACACAUGAUGAUAACUUCUGUAUCUAUAAUCCGC